AUGUUUGAAGUAGGUGUUGGACAAGCAUCAGAUGUAUCCUGUGGAGGAGUUGGAGAUGACAAUGUGGAUGCAGUGGACGAUGCAUUGGUAGUCGUUGUCGUUGUUGUAGACGUUGCUGCAGUCACAUCGUCUACAACCUUUGACUGUGACUCUGAUUGUGAUUGA